AUGACAAGUAUGUUAUAUUUUGCGGGGUUUCAGAGUCUAUUUUCAGGAAUAGAAAAUGUAUAUUCAGGAUUUUCUAUGGAUUUUCUUACAUCUUUAUUAAUUUUGUUGUUUGGGAUAUUAGUAUUAAUGCCUAUUCCAGUGUUUUUAAGACCGGAUAAAAAUAUACAAGAAUCAUUAUUUAAAACAUGGGAAACAGUUAAACCGUAUUAUAUUAUGUCUAAAAAAUCAGAGGAUACUUUAAAAAAUUCAACUUCGAAUGAAGAUGGCAAAACAGCGGUGAAGCAGGAUUCAAAAAGCGGGAAUGAUACAAGAUCUGAUGACUUAUCUAAUAAAAACCCCAAAGACUCUUCUCAAAAUACACUAUCUAGUGCAGCAAAUCCAUCACCUGAUGGAAAAAAUGGAACAUCUGAAGGAAAAAAAGAAGAAUCUGGUAAAACAAGUGAAACAACUGGUAAAACAAAUGGAACAUCUAAUAACUCUCCAUCUGGUAAUCCUUCAACUGGUAAUCCUUCAACUAAUAAUCCUUCUUCUGAUAAGCCUUCAGCUGAUCCAUCGAAACCAUUAGAUACGGCUGAUAAGAAACCCGAUGCUAACCAAAACCCAUCAACGCCUACAAAUAAUCAAGAGGAUAAUAAAAAACAAGUUAGUAGUGUUUCUACGGUUACAGAAACGUUGCCGCCUGAAUUAACCACAAUAGUGCAAAUUCAAACACAUGUUUCUACAAGUACUGUAACAAAUACUAUAACAAGUACAGUGACAGAUAUAUUAACAAAAAUACCUGAUGGAAUUUCUGAAACAGUUCCUGUAAAAACUGUUGUUUCACCAGAAACUACGAUUCCUACAGAAACUGUAAAUCCUACAGAAACUACAAUUUUUAUAGAAACUGCAAUUCCUACAGAAACUACAAUUCCUACAGAAACUAUAGCAUCUGCUACACCUGUUACGACAUCAGAAUCAGAAACAUUGGAUAUUCAUCAUGAUGGGGUGGAGGGUACUAAAAAUAAAGGUUUAUUUGGAGAAGGAUCUUUAAUAGCGAUAUUGAUACCAUUGACUGUUUUUAUUAUCGUAUUUAUUGUCUUAGUAUGGUUCUGGUGUAGAAGACGUAGACGAUUUUCUAGAGUUCCUCUUAAACAAGCAGGAAACUAUAAGAUUACACCUAUUAUAAAUGAAAGUUCUGAAGGAAUCCAGCGAACUAAUUACUCAGAAAAGGAUCAAUCAUAUAAUGUUGAAGAGAAUGAUUUUAAUAAAGGAGGAUAUAGAGGAUGGGGUUCAGUAGGUACACCUAUUAAUAAAGCAUCUUCAAGAAAUCAAAGUCUUUCAUCUGCUAAUGUAUCUCCUGCAUAUCAAAAACAGGAAUACUUUUUUCCUAAAAAUAAUACUGAAAAAGAAUCAAAGUUAAACACUCCUAAGAAUGAGCCUCGUAAUUCCAAAUCUUUUGAAUCCAAGAAUUUACAAGCACAAUUUUUUAAUAAUGGCAAAAAUUCAAACUAUAGUACUUCUCCUUAUUCUUUAAAUUCGCAAAAUACCAUGGAUUCUUUCGGUCGAAAUGCUGCUCUUCUAGAUUAUGACUCAAAUGUUGCUAAAGAGAAUUAUGCUAACAAGUUGUACAGUUAUUCGGAUGUUCCAAGGUCCUUGUCAACUAAUUAUGGAAGAUUUUCAGAAAAUAGGCGAAAUGGUUUUCUAAGACAAAAUCCUUCAACAUUUAAUAGAUCCUCUGAAAAGUCAGAAAUGCCUGAUUUUUUAAAAAACCCUUAG